AUGAUCAGGUUAUUGAGACCCCAGAGGAUUACUAGGGCAUUUUAUUCGAUCGAGCAUCCGACUGUUAAGCUACGAGAUAGCUCGAAAUUCGUUGCCUUGAAACCGGUAACGAAGUUAAGAUCGAUUUCAUCCCCGGACUUCAUCACGUCCACGAAUUCGAAGUUACAGUCCUUAAUAUGGCACAAACCUUUGCAGAAUGUGUUUGUUACCAAAAAACCAUGGGCAGAGAAUACCAGAGAUGCGAUGGUACAAUUCAUUACGCAUUUGCACGACUCUUAUCCUGAAAUCAAUGUUAUUGUUCAAACUGAUGUUGCGGAGGAAAUAUCGCAAGAUUUCAGAUCGAUGCCACUUUCAAAUCCAGCGCAGCCACAUGUCCUCUACACCGGAGAGAUAGAGGAGAUAGUAGAUAAGGUUGAUUUAUUGGUCACACUGGGGGGUGACGGGACCAUCUUGCGUGCGGUCUCGAUGUUUACUAACAUGCAGGUCCCACCUGUUCUGGCGUUUUCUUUGGGAACUCUUGGUUUCUUACUACCGUUUGACUUUAAGGAGCACCAAAGAAUUUUCCAGGAAGUGAUUAGCUCAAGGGCGAAAUGCUUGCAUCGAACCAGACUUGAAUGUCAUAUUGUUCGGAAAGGUCAGACAACAACGAAAACUAUAGCUCACCAUGCGAUGAACGACAUUUUCUUACAUAGAGGCAAUUCGCCUCAUUUGACAAACCUUGAUAUAUUUAUUGAUGGAGCCUUUCUAACCAGAACAACAGCAGACGGUGUAACACUUGCUACACCAACAGGCUCAACCGCUUAUUCACUCUCCGCAGGCGGAAGCAUUGUGUCGCCUUUGGUUCCUGCUAUCCUUCUUACGCCUAUCUGCCCAAGAUCUUUGUCCUUUAGACCGUUGAUUCUUCCGCACUCUUCACAUAUUAAGAUCAAGAUCGGGUCUAAAAUGAACAAUGGUCCGGAUAACAAGGUUGUUAAGUUAUCAAUAGACGGUGUGCCACAGGACGACGUGAAUGUUGGCGAUGAAAUACAUGUGGUCAACGAGAUAGGCACUAUUUAUGUGAAUGGCUCGCAAAUCCCAAGUACGAGAAAUGCAGACGCUCUUAAAAAGAGAGAGAAGAGUAUCAAGAAUUCAGGCGUCUAUUGUAUAGCCAAAACCGAAAACGACUGGACGAGAGGCAUAAAUGAACUGCUUGGCUUCAACUCCAGCUUCCGCUUUUCGUCAUUCAAGAGAGAUAACUAA